GGGGAUCGGAUCUAGUCUUGUAUUCAGAGAUUUGAUUGAAUUCGCUUUUUGUUUUUAUUUAUUAAUUUUUGGUUGGUUCGAUCUAUUUUGAUGGCGGGAGAUGAUGGUCCAGCUGAAACGAAGAAGGGAAGCGCCAAGAACUCUAAGAAGAGUAAAGAGAGUAGUAACGAGAGCACUCUCAAGCAGAAAUCUCCAGCUGAGUUUUUCGCCGAGAACAAGAACAUUGCUGGAUUCGAUAAUCCAGGGAAGUCGCUGUACACUACAGUGAGAGAGCUUGUUGAAAACGCUCUUGAUUCUUCCGAGUCCAUCUCUGAGCUCCCUGAGGUUGAAGUUACUAUCGAAGAGAUUGGAAAAUCUAAAUUCAACUCCAUGAUUGGUCUUAUUGAUCGUGAACGUGUUGACACCCAGCUCUAUGAUGACUAUGAGACUGACAAGGCCCGUGAGAAAAGGUUAGUAAAGGAAGCUCGUGCCAGUGAGAUACAAGCCAAAAACCUGGCGUCGGGAAAGAAAAACAAAGAGCCUGGAGUCUCUAAGGUCUUGAAGGCCCGUGGGGAAGCUUCCUAUUACAAGGUUACAUGUAAGGAUAAUGGUAAGGGGAUGCCACACGAUGACAUCCCAAAUAUGUUUGGGAGAGUUCUGUCUGGGACAAAGUAUGGACUGAAGCAAACACGUGGAAAGUUUGGUUUAGGGGCAAAGAUGGCUUUAAUUUGGUCCAAAAUGAGUACAGGCCUCCCUAUAGAGAUCUCUUCAUCUAUGAAGAGCCAAAACUAUGUUACGUUCUGCAGAUUGGAUAUUGAUAUUCACAGGAACAUUCCUCAUAUUCAUCUACACGAAAAGAAGGCCAACAAAGAGAAAUGGCAUGGAGCCGAAAUACAGGUGGUAAUUGAAGGAAACUGGACGACAUACAGAUCAAAGAUCUUGCACUACAUGCGCCAAAUGGCUGUUAUUACUCCUUAUGCGCAGUUUCUAUUUAGAUUUAUUUCAGAAACACCAGAGAAAAAUGUCACUGUAAAAUUUACUCGAAGAACGGAUGUGAUGCCCCCAAUUCCUAUCGAGACAAAGCACCAUCCUUCGUCAGUUGACUUGCUGCUUAUCAAGCGCCUUGUUACAGACACUUCCAAAAAGACCCUUCUGCAGUUUCUUCAGAAUGAAUUUGUGAAUAUCAACAAAAAUCUUGCAGCGAGAUUAAUUGGUGAAAUGGGACCCGAUUUCAGCCCUGGCAUGGCUGUCAAAUCUGUGACAUCACAGCAAAUGGUGCGCAUACAUCAGUUAUUCCGCCAAGCUAAAUUCGACGACCCUAGUGGUGAUUGUCUUAGCCCGGCAGGAGAAUACAAUCUUCGUCUAGGGAUUAUCAAGGAGCUGCAUCCAGAUAUGGUGGCAACGCAUUCAGGCAGUGCUCAGGUAUUUGAAGGUCAUCCUUUCAUUGUUGAAGCUGGUGUUAGUGUGGGUGGAAGAGAUGUAAAACAGGGGAUCAACAUAUUCCGAUUUGCAAACCGUAUUCCUCUCCUUUUUGAACAAGGAGGCGAUGUUGUCACCAGGACAGCCUUAAAGAGAAUCAAUUGGAAUAGCUAUAAAAUUAACCAGACGCAAGAUAAGAUAGGAGUAUUUGUGAGCAUAGUGAGUACAAAAAUUCCUUUUAAAGGGACAGGGAAAGAAUACAUAGGAGAUGACAUCAGUGAGAUAGCUACUGCAGUCAAGUCUGCAAUUCAACAAUGCUGCAUUCAACUGAAAUCCAAAAUAGUCAAGAGGCUUCAAGCACGCGAGCAACAAGAGAGAAAACGCAGUUUGAGCAGGUACAUACCGGAUGCAACGGGAGCGGUCUACGAGGUUCUAAAGCAAAUGACAGAAGAACAUACAAAUAAGAGAAAGCGUUACAAAGAGGAAGAAACAGCUAUGCUUGAGAAAGUGUCUAAACGUAUAAUCACAAAAGAAACAUUGAAAGAAAAGCUUGCUGAGCAUGUGGAACAGGUGGAUUACGAGAUGGCAUUAGAGUAUGCAACACAAAGUGGAGUGAGUGAAGAACCCAGAGAAAAUAUAUAUCUCCAACAAUUGAAUCCCACCCAUUCCAACUUCAUUGAUCUUCACAGUCCAACCUUUGUCUUCAGGCUCAUCUUGUAAACUGUUUCUAUCAUUAUUACAAGUUACAGUUCCAUUUCUUCACUUUCAUGUGUGUGUUUUGUUUAAGAAUAAAUUUUGUUUUGAGAGUUUUCAGACACUCGAAAAGUGCAAAAAGAAAUCAUUUUUAAUAUUUU